AUGGACGCAAAGCCCCAACGAAUUCGUGUCCGUGGGGACGAAAAUGCGCCCGUUCUCCAGGCUGCCGGCAAAACCGUACAUCAGAGAAACAAAUCCACACCUGCUUUGUCGACAAUGUUCCAAAAUGGUGCCGCCAAGAAUGGUCCUAGAAGGGCCGCCUUUGGAGAUGUGAGCAAUACCGUGAACUUGGUCCAAGGAACUCGAGACGACGCCUCUCUUGCCGGCAAGAAAAAUCUCAAGGUGUCAGAAAAGCCCACCACAUUGGUUGUGGAGAAGAAGCCCGCCGUGUUGUCCCAGCCGGCACAACGUCCCAUGUCGAUGACGGGGAUCAAGGGCAUUUUGAACAACUCCUCGAACCCGAAACCCCUCGAGCCCUCUGGGAAACAAUGGAGCACCGCACAACAAACUGCAAAUCCCCGCAAGGCUCUCGGCCAGAGAGGAACGGUCUUCAAAGACGCAUUGGAGCCACUAGCGGAGACGAUAGAACUCACAUCCAAGGAAACUAUUACCGAAUCAAAGGAAGCCAAUCAUGAGGCCCUUCCCUCGCACCUGUCGACGGCACCUUCUCUGCUGGACGGUCGCAGAGAAAAAGGUGUAUUGCAGGAGGGAUUGGAGUAUCCACUGCACAAAGCACAAGAACUCUCGCUUGCUGUCUCCGAGCUUACCGAGGAAGAGAAUUACGUCUCGAAACUUGAUGAUGAUGACUGUAAGGUCCAAAAUGUCGAGGAGAGCAGCAAGGUCGACGAGCAUUACCCUGCAGCCGAGACUGGUGCCUCCGAUCGCGUGACAAAGUCUCGCGAUAGUGCUCCCGCAUCUCACAACCUGACGGAAACUGUUCCCGUUAAUUCUGAGCCAGAAGAGUACUGGGAUGAAGAGGAAGAAGAAAAUGAAGAGGACGAUGGGUAUAACGCGGCUCGUUCCUGUCGUUCUCGGGGCGACAACACCACUGGUGGGAUGACGAUGCUCUUUCCUCGGUUCAACCAAAAGGUGAGGCGGGAGCUAGCUCGCGCAAAGCAGAUCGUCGAAGAGAAUCGAACACAGGAGGAUAUUGAAGAAGAAAUCUGGGACACAAGCAUGGUUGCUGACUACAAUGAAGAGAUCUUCGAGUAUAUGAGAGAGCAGGAGAUCAAAAUGCUGCCGAAUGCCCAUUACAUGGAUAAUCAAGCAGAGAUCCAAUGGUCUAUGCGGUCGGUCCUGAUGGACUGGCUUGUGCAGGUUCACCAUCGAUUCGGCCUGCUUCCCGAAACGCUUUUCUUGUGCGUCAACUACAUCGAUCGUUUCCUCUCCUGCAAGAUAGUCUCUCUGGGCAAGCUGCAGCUUGUGGGGGCUACUGCGAUCUUUAUUGCUGCCAAAUACGAAGAGAUCAAUUGCCCGUCCGUGGGAGAGAUUGUCUAUAUGGUUGAUGGAGGCUAUUCCGCCGACGAAAUCCUCAAAGCGGAACGCUUCAUGCUGAGCAUGCUGCAGUUUGAACUGGGCUGGCCUGGUCCUAUGAGCUUCCUGCGAAGAGUUAGCAAAGCCGAUGAUUAUGAUCUAGAAACUAGAACUCUCGCGAAAUACUUUUUAGAGAUCACCAUCAUGGAUGAACGGUUCGUGGGAAGCCCUCCGAGCUUCGUUGCUGCUGGAGCCCAUUGUCUGGCGAGAAUGAUGCUAAGAAAGGGGCCCUGGACACCAGGGCACGCUCACUACGCGGGAUACACUUAUUCGCAACUUAUACCACUUCUUUUGCUCAUGAUGGAAUGCUGCGAGAUUCCUCGGAAGCACCAUGCAGCUAUCUACGAGAAGUAUGCAGACAGAAAAUUCAAGAGAGCGUCACUCUUCGCCGAGGCUGAGAUGAGGAAGGGUUUCCGUCUGCCGGAUACUUCCAGGGAUAAUGUCGAUCGGCACCAUCCUGACGCAGUCCAGUAUUUGAAGCGCGCAUAA